CUCACGAGCUGAUGUAUUCAGCAUCACACACUCACAACACAAUACAACACACUCAUCCCUCGCGGAACGGAUGCUCGUCGCCGCGCCUGCGUGUUUAGGAGUGCCGUGACGUGACUGUUUUCACUCCCAUAUUCCCAAUAUCGCCUCAUAGGCAUAACGGAUUUGGAAAACAUCACCAUCACAAGUGCAUCGAUCAGUGUAUGGAAAGUGGUUUAUUAGAUGCGAGAGGGCACGUGCAUCGGCAACAUUCUUGGGUGAACGCGCGAGAAGGUCUCUAAAUAUUAAAGUUUGACGUUGGUGAUCUGAAAAAAGAAUCUCCAUGGCAGAAAACAAUUUCCCUCCUCUUCCACGGUUCAUUCCACUGAAACCAUGUUUUUACCAAGACUUCAACGAGAUCCCAGACCACCAGCGUACAAUGUGCAAACGACUCUAUUACCUGUGGAUAUUGAAUAGUGCCACCCUAGCAGUGAACCUGAUUGGCUGUCUAGCAUGGAUGUGCGGAGGGGGCGGAGCAACCAAUUUUGGGAUGGCCAUUCUGUGGCUGAUACUGUUCACCCCAUGCUCAUACGUGUGCUGGUUUAGGCCCAUCUACAAGGCCUUCAAGACGGACAGUUCUUUCAACUUCAUGGCGUUCUUUUUUGUCUUCAUGGCGCAAGUGGUGAUUAGUAUCAUCCAGACUGUUGGAAUCCCAGGAUGGGGAGUGUGUGGCUGGCUGGCCACCAUCACUUUUUUCAGCACUAAUAUUGGCUCUGCUGUUGUUAUGCUGAUUCCAACCAUAAUGUUCACUGCCGUGGCUGUUCUCUCGUUCAUUGCGCUCACCAAGGUUCACAACUUGUACCGUGGCAGCGGGGGCAGCAUGAGCAAGGCUCAGGAAGAAUGGACCACCGGCGCUUGGAAGAACCCUCACGUCCAACAGGCAGCACAGCAGGCAGCUAUGGGGGCUGCACAGGGGGCCGUGCAGGGUCAACAGUACUCGGCCGCCCCAACCUACAACUACGACGAGCCAAUGUAGAUCCUUAUUAGCCACAAUGGGGGGAGGGGACAGAAACAGGGUAUUUGGAGGGGGUUCCAGAGGGAUAAAGUCAGUGGUUGAAACGGGGGAAGGGAGAAAGGAAAGAUAAAAGACGAUUCAAAUUCAAACAAGUUUCCACCAGUACAACAAAAGAUAAGCUUUUUCUUAAACUGUUUUACAAGUGUGUGAUAGUUUAAGAAGUUGCUUUCGUUAUUUAAAAUACCAAGCCCUUAAUAGGAAAAUAUCAGUCUUGCCAUGUGGUAUUACGGCAGAUUUAAUGAACAGUUAGUGUUUCUCCACUUAUCGUGUUUCAAACAUGGCUGAACUAGAACACCAGUAAGGAAACAUUCCAAAGCUCACUAUGUUUCUAUAGUAACUAGAUUCUCAAAUUCGUCUGUGUGGUAGUUGAAAGCCAGUUCUAUGUUUUGUUGGCUGUUAGUAUUCAAGAACACAUUUCGACUAUUUAGCAAAUACAUCUUUACUCUCACGUCUUACAAAUAAACGUACGUUUUAUGCACAAAUAGAAGAAAUUAUCAGCUUUUGGAAGUAAAUUGACUGGCAUUUACUUGAUCUUGCAGUUGAAAAAGUAUAAACCCAGUUAACAGGGAACGUUCUGAGAACUUUGGCAAUGUUCUCUCAAAGUUAUCAAGAAACGUUCAUUCAAUGUUCGUUCACAGUUAUCUGGGCUUUAAUAAUUUUCUCAAAUGUUAGCACAAUGUUAUUCAUACACCAAUCAUGGAACGUUUUUCUUCUGAAACGUUUUAUUUGGACAUUCGUUUAAGUUUUUUUUUUUUUUUUUUAAAUAUUACAACUGUUCAGGGAACACAUUCCCAUAAUGUUUGCAAAAUGUUCCGUUUUGUAUAACUAAGAAAUGUUUUUUAAAACAUUUAAAAAAAACUGUACAUUUUGAACGUUUAGAGAACAUUCAGAAAUAACGUUUUCACAACUUAAUGGGAACGUUAGCAAAACGUUCUUAGAACAUAUUUUUGUUAGCUGGGAAGUUUAUAAACGUUACAUUGUUUCUUUUGAGCACUUAACAUCAAGUGCAAGUACAAAGAAAGUUUGUUUUCAUUUUCUGUGAAGGUACGAGGAAAGCCAUAUGCUUACGUUAUUUUAGUUGUUACGUAUUUUCGUUUGUGUUAAAGAUUGUUGACGUUUUAGUGAAUGCAGUUGUUUAUUAACAUUGUUUUCUUUACCUCAGGAUUUAAUCGUCUCAUUUUACUGCUGAUGUACUGUAGCUGAGGUUCGGCUAACGAAAUCGAUUGGACGAAAUAUUUGUACAUGUACAUGUUGUACGUUUGUACAUUAGUUGAUUUAAACGCUCUCGAAUAGACUAAGUAUUUAAUCUGCUCUUAGCUACAGACUUGUUAUAUAUUACAAUCCAUUAUUAUCUGAAUCUGCGAUGAAGGCUGAUAUCUUGAUGUUCUCACGGUCACAGAAAUCGUAUCUGUUGGUUUGCGUAUAAUCUCAGAUUGAAUUUCAGUAAUUUCUGUAAAAUAUGGCUUCUGGGUGAGCAUAUUAUGAGUUAAUAUUGUCUCAAAUACAAUAUAUGGUAUCAUAUUAGUUAUUAAUUACUAUCAUAGUGAUGAUAUGUAGUCCUUCGCAUCUCCCCAAACAAAGUCAUGUCCAUGUCUAACAAUUUUUCUUGACAUUUUCUGAAAAUAUUUUCUCAAUUAUGCAUCGACAAGCCAUUUCUGUGUGAAAUUCCUGAAUUACAGAUAUCUAGAGAUUAUUUAAACUCUUUCGGACCUGAAAAUUGUGGAUUUGUAAUAUACAGUAGAGAAUUUAUUUAUAUUUGUUGUUCCAAUUCAACGGGAUUCACAGUCUGAGGAGCUGGUUAGUGAUGAAUAGAUGCUUGACUGUGAAAGUGGGUCAUAGUUAUAUGAAAAUAAAGUAUGAAAUAGUUUAAAAUAAUAGUGUACAGUAUAUGUAAUAUGUAAUCUCAGUGUCUCUAUUAAGGCUUGUAAAAUACUUUCAGGAACUGUGAAGCAUCAAUACGCCCAUGUGUGAUACUAUUCAUGUAUGUUUGGGGAGUUUUCUAUGUGCUUUUUUGUUUCUGUAAAGGUCUUUUUGUUGAAAUUUCGAUAAUGUGCGUAUUUGGAUGUUUUGAACGUGGCUUGUUCCACAAUGUGAUGUUUAGUACACUAUUGUGAGGCUUGGUAAGACAGAACUUCCUGUGCAAAGCUUUGGCUGAGGUUUCAUCCCUAACUCACACCCAUAGAGUCCUCUUGUGCCCUCUAGUGGACUGGAUGUAUGAAAUUUACCUGUUUGUUUUCUGGCAGAAAACAUUGACAGAAGCAAUAUCGAUAUCUGUCAUGCAUGAUCUGAUCACAUCAACAAGUGUGAAUGUUAUAUUUCAGCCGCACCAGCAAAAGCUAAGGUCACUGUCCUUUCCAAGACCCGCCAUGUUUUUUUGUGCCCUGAUCUUCAUAUCCCAAAAGUAGAUAAAACCUUGUUCAUACUGUAAAGUUAAAUGAGUGGAAAGAUGCCAGUAGAGUAACAGAUAGUUGUCUUUGUAUAGUAAGUUGUGUGGUGCUUGGUAAAUUUGUGAAUUGAACCAAACCUUGUGCCAUGUGUACAAAGGCACUCUACUCUGUAUGUGUGUAGAUGUUAAUUAUUUUGUCAAGUCUUAAGUGGAAUGUAUCGUUUACUUGAAGACAAGAACUACUGUCCAGUACAUUUUACAGGUUUCCAUUUUUAUUUACAUAUCUCUUUUUUUUCUUGGUUUAUAAGGGUCAAACAUUUCAAUUACUUUGUACUAAUAUCAAUUUAGCCAUGUUUUCCCUCAGCUACUAUAUUUAGUGUACUUAAUUUGUAUUUAAUGCAAUGUAAACCUUAACAUGUUUCUUGAGAAAAGCUAUACUUCAAAAUCAAUCAAUCAUGCAAACAUGAAGUUCAAUAGUUGUGAUUUCUAAAAGUGGUUGUUUUUGACGUUUGAGAUGAAUUGUUUUUUGGUUCAUUUUGUAUUACUUUUAUAUUAUUUUGUCUCUCCCUGAGGCCUGGUUUCACAGACGGGGCUUAGGUUAAACCUGGAUUAGGCAAUAGUUCAAUUAGGACAUUUAAGUAUAUUUUAUAAACAUGCCUUAGAAAAAAAACUACUGGCGUGCAUCUUGAGACAAAUCAAUAGUACAAACAUGUUUUAAGAUUUGUCAGUGAAAGUUUCUUACAGUUAAAACAGAUCACACAUGCAUUUUAGUCUGGGACUAGGCUUAAGCCUUGUCUGUGAAACCUGGGGAUAAUGUUGCAUUCUGUGUCCAAGUCCAUUCAGGGUCAUGAAACUUUAAUAGUCUACUAAAACUAAAAUCAAAAACAUUUACUCAUGUUAUAAAAAAAAUUAAUAAAAACACAGUGGAGAUCAA